AUGCGCUUACAAAACGACUCUUAUGUUGACGGGCUUCAAGCGGAGAUGGAACGUUUAUUUUGGAAAUACCAAGCCGGAAAAGGAGUUGACAUCGCUAGCACCAGCAACACAAACUGGACAGGCAUCACAAGACCCCUGGUGUCCCUCAAAGUGGUCGUGUCCUCUUGGUCACAGCUUUCAAGUGUGUGACUCUAUGUUGGAGACGUCACUGUGCCGUGUGUGAAUUACGCUCCAGCUGCUGGCACGAUGUCUUCAGACCUGCUGGUCGAUUUUGGUGACGAUCCAGCAACAGCACAGUUGGGACAGCUGAAGCUGGCAACGAUAGAGGACCAGCAAGGGCAGUCCACUCUCAGCAAGUCAGAGACGGACAUAUCUCAACCUUUUGGUGCCGGGUCUCCUCACCUACCAUGGGACCACCCUUUCUAUGACAUCGCCAGACAUCAGAUCAUUGAAGUAGCAGGUGAUGACAACUUUGGCAGGAAGGUGAUUGUGUUCAACGCCUGCAGGAUGCCUCCCCAGCACCAGUUAGACCAUCAUAAGCUGCUGAUGUAUCUGAAAGGAACUCUGGAUCAAUACGUGGAAAGUGACUACACACUGAUUUACUUUCAUCACGGACUGACCAGCGAGAACAAACCAUCCCUGGGUUGGCUGCGGGACGCCUACAGAGAGUUUGACAGAAAGUAUAAAAAGAACAUCAAGGCUCUGUACAUUGUUCAUCCCACCAUGUUCAUCAAGACCCUGCUGAUUCUCUUCAAACCCCUCAUCAGUUUUAAGUUUGGCAGGAAGAUCAACUACGUGAGCUACCUCAGUGAGCUGGAGGACGUGGUCAAGUGUGAUCAGCUCCUCAUCCCUGCCAGAGUCAAACAAUACGACGACAAGCUGAGAGCAUCUCUGAAACCAGUGACUCAGCCUCCUGCAUCCCCUCCUCAUAGCCCUCCACUACCUGACCAGGUUUUUGGGGUGUCCCUUGCAUUGCUGAGAGAGAGGAGUUCUGAAGACGAUCUUGUUCCUGUGGUGAUGAGAGACACCAUCAGCUUCCUCUCUGAACAAGGUUUGGAGAUUGAGGGCAUCUUCAGACGGUCUGCCAACGUCACUCUGGUCAAGGAGGUUCAGCUUAGAUACAAUUCCGGUGCGACGGUGGAUUUCAGGGAGAUUGAAGACGUCCACCUGGCUGCUGUGAUUCUGAAGACGUUCCUGAGAGAACUCCCGGAGCCUCUGCUCACAUUCCAGCUCUACAACGACAUUGUCAACUUUGCUUCUGUGCCGAGCGACAGCCAAGCCACUGCCAUAAGGACGCUGGUGGAGUCUCUCCCGGAGGAAAACUACGCCUCGCUGCGCUACCUGGUCACAUUCUUGGCUCAGGUCUCUGCCAACAGCGAAGUGAACAAGAUGACCAACAGUAACCUGGCUGUGGUCUUUGGUCCAAAUCUCCUCUGGGGGCGGGACAAUGCCAUGUCGCUCAGUGCCAUUGGACCAAUCAACAGCUUCACCAAAACCAUGCUGGAUGAGCAGCAUCUGAUCUUCACCUGAACGCUGGGCCACGUAGAACUGAUCUGGCAGUUCGCAGCACUUAAAACACCAAAACUCUCACGUGGCGCAGAAUUGACUCCCAAAUGUCCUGCAGAUGCGGUCAAAUUAGAAAUUUCUGUCAGAUUUUCCCUCACUAUUUUUUAUUUUUUGAAUCCGUCACAUCAGAGGCCUCUGUCGAAAACCACUGUGGUUUGGAUGGUCCAUCAUAGUCAGGUAGAAUGGAUGGUUGACGGAGUCAACAGUAAACACAUCACGUUCUGUCUCCCAUCAUGACGUCUUCAUCCCUUCGUGGUCCAUCACAAGGCCAUAGAUGUUGGUGUGCGUCUGUGCUCUUGUCUGUCAUUUGCUCUGUAGCUGUCAGCGUAGUGGUGAACGGUAUCUUUUUAAUUGCUAUCAAAAAAAAACAAAAAAAAGCUUAAUCCUGCAGUAAGAGGUGUGUGACAAGAAGCUCACCAGACCAGGACAAUCUCUGCUCUCUCAGUCUUGGAUGGCUGUGCUUUGCCGUCAGACAACAUGGGUUGUAUAUCAUGAGUUUUGUAUAGAUACUUAACAUGUCUUUAAUGUUAUUAUACCUGACUGGAAUAAGUGUUUCCUUUGUCUGGAUGUUAUCCAAAUAUUUUCAGCCAAAUAUAAUAGUACUGGUCCAGUCAUCCAGAGGUUUUCCAGGGCCUGCAACGUCAGUCUAAAACGUCACUUUUUCCCUAGACAUCCAAACUGCCAGCAGAUGUUUGUGCUGUGUUGCCGCUCAGGCUCAUCAUUGAAUGAAUGGACUCGCGGUUGACUGAAACAGAAGGCAGCAGCACGUCUGACCCGUGUGUGUGUAGGUGGCCACGCUGGGAAAGUCUCACGGGUCAUUUCCGAUGAAUAAAAAAAAACAUGAACAAUGACAUUGAGAGGAAUUUCAAACGUUAUUUUUGUGUCAGUUCUAGUUCUGUGCUUCUGUGACAAAAUAUAAAACAGGAUAAAUGGUAUUUCUGUCUAGUCGCCGGUGCAGUGAUAGAAUUGUGGAAACCUGUAGAAACUAAAUAGACGCCUCCAAAACAGUCCCAACACACUUGUGAAACCCAUGGCAAAACUCUGUAGAAAUGAAAGCCGAUGUGAGUGAGUGACUAGGGGUUGGAUAAAGUCAAGGGGGCGGGACCUCGGAGGUCAGAGUUUUGUAUUUCAGUCUCUGUGUCUACAGUGUGUGUGCAUGCUUGAAUGGUGCCUUAUCUGUUCAAACCCAAGUGAUGAUGUGAUUAGCCAUCAAAUAGUGCCAGUGCUGCCAUUGAUGUAUUGAGAAAUUGAAAAAGAGUCAAAUAUGAGAACUUUGUGCAUCAUUUCUGCUCACAGUCUUGAGGAGAUGACCAAGUACGUCCUGAUGUCUUCUAUCGUUUUGUUUUUUUUCAUAUUAUUUUUAAUGCUUUGAUUCUGAUCGCCUACAGACUGUUGAUCUAUAUAUAUAUCAUCAGAUAAUGUACUGUAACUCUGGUCAUGGUGACGGUGAGCUAUGUUUUCAACUCUUGGAAACAUGAGUGUGACCUGUUGAUGCGCUGUGAAUGGAUUAUAUUUUGGUUUACUUCGGAUCUGCUCUCUGUUUCGUCUGAUAUGGUGUUCUGAUGUUAUAAAUAAUCAAUGUGUGGAAAUAAAAAUAAAGAUGUGGUGA